AUGAAACAUGUCAUCGAUAAAGCCUGUGGAUAUGCUGGUGGUCACUUGUCAAUCGUUCAAUACUUUUUUGAAAAUCAUUUCGAUUCAAUAAAAUUGGAUGGUGUAUCCUGUUCAUAUUUAGAUGAGACAUUUUAUCGUGGUCACAUGGCAAUAGUAAACUAUCUCGUCAGAGAAAAGAACCAAUAUUUUGGACAAAGACCCUGUAAAAUUGCUGGCUUCAUCUGUGACAAUGACAUUUUAGAUUUCGUACUUGACCAUACAAAAGAGAAAAAAUCCUCCAUCAUCAAAGAAGCAAUUCUAGGUGGAGUGAACCAUUGUGUUGCACAUAUUCAUAAUCACCAAAUAUCAAUUCAAAUUCAUCAUCAUCAUUAUUUAAAACAAAAUUAA